AUUCUUGUACUAGGUAAUUUCCAAAUUAUAUAAAUAUUUUCCUUUCAUGCAAAGUAAAAAUGAUCACUGUUUUCUAAAUAUUAACAAUGAAAUAUCUUUUAGAAAAGGAGAGAGAAAUGACUGAGGAAGAAAUCUGUGGAUUUCUAGAUGUCAAGUUUUGUGGUAGCAAGUCCAAAGUUCAUAAGGUAAAAAAGAGAACAUUGGGCCCUUGGAAAGUUUGGAAAAGGCAUUGGUGUUCCUUUCAAAAGUUAGGUUCUGAAUUAGGAGUCAGAGUAAAUCUUGAUUAUUGUAUUGGCAACGAUAAUAGUUCAUCAUCAAAUGACAAAGAGAAUUUCAUAGUAAUACCAUUGGAUGCCAUUAUUUGCCGUACCCAAUCUAGAUCUAAGCAAUUUGCUUUUGGUAUAUUUCCUAUCAAAGAUAGGAAACCAUUGCUCUAUUUAGCUGGUAAUUCAGAGACAGAGUCACAGCGGUGGAUGGCAAAUAUUAGACAGCUAUUAAGACCUAGAAAGCUUACAUUUGCACCAGGAUCUUAUAAAAUAUCUAUGGUUGACAAUCCACAUUCCAAAGCAUCAGGAUUGACAGGACUAUAUGGUGAUUUGAUAACAAGCACGCUAGGAGUAAUAAUAAAGGAUAUUCAUUCUGGUGAAACAUUAGAGAAUUUUGAAUGGGAUGAACUAAAUCAGUUUCACUUGAUCACGGCAGGACGACCAGAUGAUGUUAAAUGUAUUUGUGUGAUUCAUACAUCAAAAAAAUUCCGUGCUGGAAUUGGUGAACUACAUUUGUUUUGUUUAGAAGCUGGUAAAUUGUUGCAAGAUUUGGUAACUCAGGGCCGUGGUCCAAGACACAAGCAAACUAAUGGACGACCUUUAAGCUUAAGUGAAGGCGAUAUUAGAGCAAUAUCCCAUGAUGAACGUUUGCGAAGUUAUUCAAUAACAACUGGAAGAGUGGAAUUCAAAAUAUUAUCUAAAAGAAGAGAAUCUAAUGAAAGAUAUGAAGAAAUAAGCUAUAGAAUGUCUGGUAAAAUAAAUGAGGAUGUUUAUCAACCAGAACCAUAUGGCCAUUAUCAUGUUAGAAGAUACUCUGAUAUUUCUACAACUUCUGGGAUUUAUGAAGAAAUUCCAGAUGAAUCUGACAUGAGUGCAGUAGCUGCCUCAAAUUUUUAUAUGGAGAAUCUUUUUUGUAAUCGACUGUCAGAAGAGCCACCACCUUUGCCUCCACGUCAGAGGUGCGCUUCAGAGUCCAUGAAAGGAAGCAGGUUGCAAGAUAUUCGGGCUUCUGGACCUAGUAGUUUGCCUUUAACAUCUCAUAAAAACUCUGUACGGAUCGAGAAAAACAAUUUAGGAUUCCAAAGAAUAACGGAUGAGUCUAAUUACGUUCCUAUGUCACCUCGAUUAAAAGAUAUCACGUUAGUAGAAAUGCAAGCGGCUCUACAAGAAAAUGAUUACGUUAUUAUGCGAUAGACGGGACAUCAAUUGCGCAGUAAACAAAUUCUCGUGAGAAAUCUGUUGAUAUUUGCUAAUAUUUGAUCUCGUUUUAAAAUUUUUUUAAAAAUAAAUAUAUACAUGUUCGAAAGAAAAUAUAAAAGAUGAGGCAUGAUUGAAGUUAAUUCAAUUAUAUGUAGAUAUAACAGAGAAGAGGUCAGAAACUAGUUUAAAUUUUAUUGAACCUACUGAUUCGUACAAAAUUUCAUAUAUUUUAUUCAAAAUUAUAAAUUUGUACAUGUGCGAGGCUUCCGUUAUCGGAACUGUAUUGGAGCGCGUUGUUGCAGUUUACCUAUGUUAUUUAAGUGUUAAAUACGGCAGAACUUUUUAAAUUUUCUUAAUAUUAAAUAUUCCUUCAGUCAUUAAAUUCUCUAGAUUUUAUAUUUUUCUAAGCUAAUCUGUAGCCGUUAACCGAUAUUUUGAGCCUAAUCCGUGAUUUGUAAAAAUAUCAAAUUCUUCACGACUUAGAAGGGCUCCACGUACAUCGUCCAAAACGAUCACCUUCGGAUAUCUACAAAUAAAACAAAAAAGACUGUCACAAUUCCGCAAUAAUAAUAUACAUACAUAUAUGUAUGUAAAGGGUAUACUUGACAUCUGCAUUAUAAAAAGUUGUGAAUUUUAUACGAAAUAUAUGUAUAUAUAUACAAGUAGCCUGAUUGAAACAACAUAUUUACCCAUUAUUACUGCAUCUUUCCCAAGCUUUCGCCAAAGACAUUCUGACUAAAUCCUCUGCAAGGCAUUCAACAGCCUAGCAAAAUAUAAAAUAUGUAGGAAAUUUAAUUUUUCAUUGAUUUUUAAAUUAUGUAAAAAUAUAUAUAUGUAAAACA